AUGAACUCGCUGAAUAUCCUUUCGUCUCGAGUCAUUGGCCAGUCUUCCAAUUCGAAUCGCAUCCGUCAACGCUCCCGAUCGCAAGGAGACAACGUUCCACCAUCCAAGAGUCCGCCGGACGAUGUCGGAAAGCACCGGUCCUACAGCGACGACGAGGUUUCUUCGAAUAACAUUCUGGAAAAGCAGGAUGGCGAUAUAUCCGAAUCGACCGAGGACAUAGCCGAUACUGUUGGGGGUCCUGUAUUGGACGAGAAGUCGCCGUUACUGCUACGCGAAUUCAAGAAGGACGGCCCAUUGGCUACGAGAAGCACUCCAGGAUCAAUUGCGCAGCGUAUAUUUGAUGCGAUUACGGAAACAAUCAAGUUCAUUCUAUCUACAUUGGCGGCUCCAGGAGUCUUCGCGGCGCAAUGCUUCCGAGACGAUGACGGUCACUAUUCCCCCAUGGCUCCGGUACGAAAGCUCCGACGAUCCAUCGCAAGAGGCUCGCAUAGAAAGAGGGCGAGUAAAGGCGGAGGCAAGCAAGGAGAUGCGCGCAACCGUCGCAGUACACGGAAACCCAAGAGCCAUAUCCCACGAGAGUCGAUCGCGUCGAGUACUUCUGAAUCGGAAGGGAGCGUUGUGAAGGGUCUCACUUCUAGCGGCAAGAGUCGGACGUCUAUUAAAGUGAACAAUUCGGACCAAGCUUCGGAGGCCCCCCGUCGUUCAAUUCGGAUCAAAUUGCACAACGAAGAAACCCUGCAGCGACAAAGACAACGUCGGAGCCAGAGCGCCGAUCUGCGGCAACCAUCGCAUGAUGGCGGUUCCCGGGCAGGGUCCGUCAGUCUGGAUAGUAUCAAGUCGCCCACGUCUCCAUCGUCUUCCGUUCAUCGCAUCACCAAGUACCCACAUGCACCCGCUCCCCCACGACCGCUGAUUCCUCCACGUCUGCCUUCGUACACUGCGGCUCCGCGCAAUGCCAAAAUUCCGCAGAAGACUCUUGUUCUGGAUCUCGAUGAAACCCUCAUACACUCGCUGGCGAAAGGUGGCCGCAUGUCUAGCGGUCACAUGGUCGAGGUCAAACUGUCAACACCCAUGACCACCGCUCUCACGCCAGGCGGACCGCCCACGAUGCUAGGACCGCAGCACCCUAUUCUCUACUACGUCCACAAACGACCUCAUUGUGAUGACUUUUUGCGCAAAGUCUGCAAGUGGUUCAAACUGGUAGUCUUCACGGCCAGUGUCCAGGAAUACGCCGAUCCGGUCAUUGACUGGCUGGAACAAGAGCGAAAGUAUUUCCAGGCGCGAUAUUACCGUCAACAUUGUACGUUUCGGAACGGGGCGUAUAUAAAAGAUCUGAGCGCCGUGGAGCCGGACUUGAGCAAGGUGAUGAUCUUGGAUAACAGCCCUAUGAGCUAUAUUUUUCACGAGGAUAACGCCAUUCCAAUCGAAGGUUGGAUCAACGACCCAACAGAUAACGGCCUACUUCACCUGAUCCCGAUGCUAGAAGCAUUACAAUACGUGACCGACGUCCGCGCCCUUCUUGCAUUGCGCAGAGGGGAAGCAGAAGCAUGA